CGUUUAGAAACAGCAAUAUUUGUUGUAGUUAUUGUUGUUGUUGCUUCCGUAUUUGAAGUUGAAGCACCCAAUUGCCGCAAAUUUGGAACUGAUGUUUUGGGAGGAUGUAGACACUUCAUUAUCAAAAAUAUCAUCAUCCUGUAAACGUCCAGGUAUUCCUGCUGUAUUUAUUGUUGUUGUUGUCGUUGUAGAAGGACGACUAUCCACAGAUUGGGAAGGACGGCGCUUCAAGAAAAAAAUUUUUUUUUAA